AUGCUUCAAAACGACUAUGGCUACUCGCACUACCAGACGGCCGUAACUCACCACCAGCACAGCGAUCGACCUAAGCUUUUCAACUCUUCGCUUGACAAUGGUGGCGGCUUUCAUCACGGUCCAGGAAUUCACGACUUUCAUCAGCUAGUCCAUCCAAACAGCAUCACGUCACAACAAUCAAUGCAACAGACGCCACAACACCAAGUGCAGACUCCGCAGCAUCAUCAAGGUGACUUUGACCAUGAACCUAUCAUGAUGAGUAUGCAUCAUCCAGGUCAAUACUAUGCCCCACCUCAAAUGACUGCUCAGAUGUUGCAUGUUUCUACGGAUUAUAAUUCUGGAGGUUCAGCGGGUGACAAUACACCGUCGCAUUCCGGUUCCAAACGAUCGCGUGAGGAUCUUAAUAUGAAAGAGAAAAAGCGAAUGUUUAAAUUGAAUGAUCGCAUUAAUCAACUGAAGUCACUGCUGGACGAGGCUGGUGUGCAAUCUAAGAAGAACAAACAAUCAAUUCUGGACAACACGUAUCACUAUGUUGGUAUGCUACGUAGUAAUCUACUGAUUGCCAAACAAAAAGCCGAGCGAGCAGAGAAACAAGCCGACACCCUCCGUUCACAAUCCCAGAAUGGGAACCCUAUGGAUACUGUGUUCAAGCGAUGCUUUGAUCAGUCUUCGACUCCGCGUAUUCUUGUCGAUCUGAACAUGCGACUAAUGGCUGUCAAUUCGGCCUUCUUGGCGCAGACUGGCCAGACUGAAGAUAACCUAAUGAAUAUCAACACGCUUCGCUCCAGUCUCUGUCUAGACAAUAGUAAGCUUGAAGCGAUUAUGCAAUCAGUUAGCAGCAGCUUGAAGCCCCUUAGCGCCAUAGUACAAGCCCAAGGUGCUGAAAACAGCAUUUUGACGCUCACCCUCAUGGCGUCAGCUUUAAUCGAUGACGAUAAUUCAGUUACCGCCAUCGAGUUCAGCCUUGUACCGUUUGAGAUUUCUUCCGAUUUCUCAAGUCAAAACACUAGCAGCUACUCCAGCGACGUUAAGCAAGGCAUAAUUAAAGAAGCCAGCCCAUCAGGCGUGAGUGAUCUUUCAUUGUAA